AUGGAAUCGACGGCGCCCCAGUUCCUUGGGCUGUGGGACAGCUUCAUAUUAGAACCGAUAGAAAGAGUUGAUGAGGACACAAUCAACGUUUUGGGCUUGCAAAACUUGGUGAAAAUGGCAAACUUUGAGCUGUGUCACGCAAAGAUCUUGACCAUCCAGUGCGGUAUCCACCUUGUGUUCGAGCCAGAAGAAGAGGAUGUUGCUACCCGACAAAAGAAGUACGGCGUGUUCUAUCCUUGUGCUCCCUAUGACACUGAAGACGUUUCAGAAUUUGAGAAAACAUCAGGAGUACAUUUCCUAAGCGACAGACCAUCGUCAUUUAUUUAUGGCUCGCCUACUUUAGAAAAGGACAUGAAGACUAUUGAAAUUGGUAGGAACGGGUUGCCACCACCCAAUACAAUUCGCAAUGUUCUCAGUACAGUUUCUGUCACCUUCCAAAGGAAGAGACUUCCAAGAAGCGAACAAAAUGGUAGGAGAGGCAAUCUUACCCUCUCAUCGAAACUCGAAAGUCCAAGAGAAUAG